AUGGCACCCAACCUGGCAUGGUAUGGCGCCUUAAAAAGUCUUUGUAUUGCCUAUGACAAGCGCCUCGUUGUUGGUUUUCCAAAUUGGCCAACUCUCUCAAAAGGUACGGCUUUCUACAAUCGUACUCUGAUUACUCUGAAUCAUGGGGCUAUUCAUCUAAGUGUUCUGGUGUAUGUUGAUGAUUUAAUAAUUUCGGGGAAUGAUUCUUCUACAAUUUCAACAUACAAGUCAUAUUUGAGUGAUUGUUUUCAUAUGAAAGAUUUAAGUGUGUUGAAGUACUUUCUUGGUAUUGAGGUUGCCCGUAAUCCGGAAGGCAUAUUUUUAUGUCAACGGAAAUAUACUCUUGACAUUAUUGCAGAGUUUGGUUUACUAGGGGCACGUCCGGCAGGCACUCCGAUUGAGCAAAAUCAUACUCUGGCUAAAUCAGAGACACCUCUUAUUGAUGACCCCGAAAUGUAUCGGCGUCUUGUGGGUCGUUUGAUCUACUUGUCUUUCAGUAGACCUGAUUUGGCGUAUAUAGUUCAUAUCUUAUCUCAAUUUAUGCAACAACCUCGUCAAGACCAUUGGGAGGCAGUAUUUCGUACGGAACGCUACUUGAAAGGUUGUCCGGGUCAAGGGAUCCUUUUGAGUUCAGAUUGUGAUCUACAUUUGACAGGUUGGUGUGACUCGGAUUGGGCUAGUUGUCCUUUGACGAAACGAUUGAUUUCUGGUUGGUUGAUGCUUCUUGGUGGUUCUCCGAUUUCAUGGAAAACCAAGAAACAACAUAUAGUCUCUAAGUUUUCUGCAGAGGCGAAGUAUCGUUCAAUGUCGACAAUUACUUUAGAGUUUAAGUGGUUAAAGACUCUUCUUGACAGUUUGGGAGUCUCGCAUCCGCGUGCGAUGAGCUUGUUUUGUGAUAGUCAAUCAGCGUUAUAUAUUGCGCAGAAUCCGGCGUUUCAUGAACGCACUAAGUAUAUUGAGGAUGAUUGUCAUUAUGUUAGGGAUGCAAUUCAGGAAGGGGUUAUUAGUCCGUCUUAUGUGAAGACAACUGAUCAACUUGCCGAUAUAUUCACUAAGGCCUUAAGCAAGAACCAAUUUUUGUAUUUACUUGGCAAGUUGGGCAUUUGUGAUUUGCAUGCUCCAACUUGA